AUGGGUGGAUAACAAUCUUAUGGACAAGCUAUAAGUACUUACAAUGAGAAAAAAGCUAUUAUUAUUGGUUAAGUGAAUGUUUAAACAAAUAUUGAUCAUAGUAAUAAUACAAAUGAGUGAUAUUUAGUGACUGAAAUCAUUGUGGCAUUGGGAAAUGAGAUACAUCCUUAAUUAUGGAAUGUGGCAAUAAUGGAAAUGAGAAGUACAGAUACUGAUUUUCCAUUGACUUAUCGUAGGUUCUGUUUGUCAAACCCAGUUGAGGAAUAUUAAAAUUAAUACAUUCCUGAAAAAAUAAGUAAUGUUUAGCAAAAUUGAAGAUCAAUUUGCAAGUAUUUAAAGACCAUAGAGAACUGAAUUUCAUAUGAAAACAGGUCAUUUCUGGACAAUACUAAUUCCAAGUUAUAUUUAAGAACAUUUGCAAAAUGAUGAAUCGAAUUUAAAUGCACAAAUAAUUUAUCCAUUUUGUGAUAAAACAAAGUUAAAUUUAUAUAGAGAGUAAUAUCAAUAGACAUAUGUUGAUGUAUUCAAAAAAAUUGAAUAAGAAAUGAGUAACCAUUCUGCGUACAUCUCAGUUGGAAUAUUGGAUAUGUAACAAAAUAAUCCAAUUUUGGGAAUAGACAACUAUUCUAUGACUUAAGAUAUUAUAAAUGCAUUUACUUAAUGUACUCCUAAAAUACAUAAAUUAAUAUUCAUAUCUGAAAAUGAAACAUAAGCAUUUAUAAUGGGAAUGGCAUUAAAAGAUAAAACUAGAGAAUUAUAUGAUAUUACAAAUGGAUUUAUGGAAUAAGAAAAAUAAUAAGUAGAUCAAAUAAUGAAUUAGAAUGAAGUUCCAAUUAAGGCUGAAUUAGAAAUACAAUUUAAAUAAGAUGAAGAUAUUUAACUUAAUUCAAAUAAUCUUUAAUAGGAAAUUCAGAAUCUGCAUCCUUAAAUUCAAAAGAUUCAAAAACCUAAUGUGGUUAGUUAUAACAAUGGACACAAAUGUACAGAUAAAUAUAUUUACAUGAUUAGAAAAUAUAGUAUAUUAAUACUUUAGAGAAUUCAAUGUUCCUUUAAAUUAAGAAGUAUUUCAAACAAUACUUCCAAGAGUAGGUAGUGAUUACAACAAAUUGUGUCUAUGUGGUAGAAACUUAACAGUUAGAAAUGAAGGUAAUUAAUGUUGCUAUUGUGGAUUACAAAGACCAACAUUAUUUUAAUGUGAAUAAAGAGUAACAUUUAAUUUUAUUUAGGCAUGUGGAAGAUAGUAUUGUCCAAGUUGUUUUAAUCCAACUAAAUUAUUUAAUUUAUGUAUGUAAGGUCAUUAAAUGAAAUACAUUGAUGCAUUAAAUAAUACUUAAUAAUGUUUCUAUUGUAGAUAAUCUACUUAUCGUCUUGGAUAUUUCUUUUGUGAAACAUGUUCUUUUAAAAUAUGUGCUUAUUGUUAUUAUUAAAAAUAUUCAGAGUGGCAAUUUAAGAAAGUAAUAUUAUCAUAUAAAUUUAUAUAGAUGAAAAUAUACUUGAAUUGUUUGAAAAAGAUCAAACCAAAUUAUAGAUAAGAGGUUUCAAAUCAAUUAAUUACUGAAUAUUUAAUGGAUGCAAAUUUAUAAAAAUUAAGAUAAAAAUGA